AUGGAGGAGGAGGGUGCAGGUCAGGAGCAGACGCCCCGGCAGCUGGGGGUCGGCAGGAAGCUGUGGGUGCCUGCUGUGGAGGGGCAGCUGGAAGGCACAGGAGGGCGGGCCGGCCCUGCAGAGCUGCUGGUCAUCGUGGGCGCAGCCGGCGGCCCCCGCUUCUCCGUGCGUGUGGAGGCGCGGCGCCCUCCGGCCCGACCGCCCCUGCACCAUGCGGCCUCCCCGGCGCGCGUGAGCGCGGCCCCCACCAUGCUGCGGCCGCCGCGGCCCGGAGGCUCCCGGGGCGACCUGGCGGGGUACCGGCCGCCGCCCUCCGCCGCCUCCUCCGCCCCCGCGGCGGCGCCCCCGCCCCCCAGGCCCGCGCGCGGGGAGGCCGAGGCGCCCGCCGAGCCCCCGGGGCGGGGCGCGGGGCGGGGCGCGGCCGGCGGCCCCGGGGCGGCCCCCCGGGAGCAGCAGCAGCUGAGGCGCAGGAUCAACAGCCGCGAGCGGAGGCGCAUGCGGGACCUGAACGCGGCCAUGGACGCGCUGCGCGAGGUGCUGCUGCCCCCCGCGGCGGCGCGCGGCCCGGCCCGCAGGCUCUCCAAGGCGGCCACGCUGCUGCUGGCGCGCCACCGCAUCCUGCUGCUGGGCCGCGCGCUGCGGGGGCUGCGCCUGCUGCUGGCCGGCCCGGGGCCCCUGCUGCCCGCGCCCCCCGGGGGACCCCCCGCCGCCCCGGGGGCCCUGCUACCCGCGCCCCCCGGCGCCCUGGGGCCCCCCGCCGGGUGCCCGGGGCUGGCGCUGGAGGGGCCUCUGUGCGGCCCCUGCGCGCUCCCGGGCGGGGCGGGGGGCCCGGGCCUCUGCCCCUGCGCCGCCUUCAGGCUCCUGGCCCUGGUGCCCGCCGGCCUGGGCCUGGCCGCCCUGCCCGCGCCGUUCUCCACGUGA